CACCAGCUCCGUCCCACUCUCCCGUCGGUCGCGCUUUUCUUUCCUGUUCCCGGCGUCAUUUGUGUUUGGUCGCAUUGCCAUUGUGACGGCCGCAUCCCCGCGCUUCCUUCUCCCCCCGCCGACGCGUCGCGCAGAGCCUGGGCCAGCGCCCGCCCGCCAUCAUGACGACCUUCUCCUCCAUGUCGCUGUACGCGCUGACGGUCAAGCAGCCGUCGGCGACGCAAGACGCCAUUUCCGGCGACUUCCUCGGCAACGGCAAGCAGCAGAUCCUCACAGCGAACGGCUCGCGCCUGUCCCUGCUCGAGGUCUCGCGGCGGCAGAAGGGCUUCCACGAGAUCUACUCGCAGGACGUCUUCGGCAUUGUGCGCCGCAUUGCCAAGUUCCGCGUUGCGGGCGGCACCAAGGACCACAUUGUCAUCACCACCGACUCGGGGCGCCUGGUCACGUACGAGUACAUGUCCGAGGAGCACGCCUUCAAGACGGUGCACUUCGAGACGUACGGCAAGUCUGGAAUACGGCGUGUCGUGCCCGGCGAGUACCUGGCGGCCGACCCGAAAGGGCGCGCCAUCAUGGUCGCGUCGACGGAGAAGAACAAGCUCGUCUACAUCCUCACCCGCAGCGGCCAGACCGACAUCGCCAUAUCCUCGCCGCUCGAGGCCCACAAGCCACAGACCCUGGUCUUCUGCCUGGUCGGCCUGGACGUCGGCUACGACAACCCCAUGUUCGCCACCCUCGAGAUCGACUACUCGGCCUCCGAGGCCGAUCCCACAGACGCUGCGUACAACGAGAUUAAGAAAGAGCUGGUUUACUACGAGCUUGAUCUCGGUCUGAACCACAUUGUGCGAAAGUGGGCCGAGCCGGUGGACCGCACUGCGAACAUGCUCUUCCGCGUGCCAGGAGGGCCCAACGCGCCCAGCGGAGUCCUGGUGUGCGGCGAGGACAGCGUCACAUACCGACGCAUCUUCAACACCAAGUCGAGCGUCCACCGCUUGGCCAUUCCGCGCCGCGAGGGCCCGACCGAAGACCCGAACCGCAAGCGAACCAUCGUGGCCGGCACACUCUACUCGCUCAAGGGCGGUGACUUUUUCUACCUCCUGCAGACUGACGACGGCGACCUAUUCAAGCUUACUGUCGAGUCAAAAGACGGUGCAGUAGAGAAGAUCAAGAUUAAAUAUUUCGACACAAUCCCGAUUGUGACCAGCCUCUGCAUCUUGAGGGCAGGAUUCGUCUACGCCGCGUGCGAAUCUGGCGACAGGAUCCUCUACGAGCUCGAAUCCCUCGGCGAGGAGACCGACGACCCACUCUUUGACAGCAGCCAGUUCCCCUCCGACCCAGAUGCCGCCUAUGCGCCUCCGUUCUUCACCCCCCGAGCCCUGACCAACCUGACACCAGUCGAGACCAUCCCCAGCCUGAACCCCAUCAUGGGCAUGGAGGUGGCCAACCCAGCGCUCGAGGACGCGCCCCAGAUCUACACCAUCAACGGCGCUGGUGCGCGCAGCACAUUCCGCACCACGAGGAACGCCCUGGAAGUCCUCGAUCUCAUCGAGUCACCGCUACCGCAAAACGCCUCCGAUGUCUGGACCACAAAAUUAACCUCAGACGAUGAGACCGACACGCUCAUCGUCAUGUGUCUGCACAGCAGGACGCUGGUCCUGAAGAUUGGCGAAGAUGUCGAGGAGGCGGCCAACACCGGCUUCUUGCCUGACACAAACACACUGGGUGUGCAGCAGUUUGGAGAAGACUGCAUCAUCCAGAUCCACCCCAAGGGUAUCCGCCACAUCCAGGGCAUCUCGUUUCCCAAUGACGAUGCGAAUGCCACACACGCUAGUCUGACGGACUGGCAGCCACCCGCACACAGGACUAUUGUUGCAUGCGCCACCAACAACCGUCAAGUUGCUAUUGCGCUCUCGUCCGGCCAGAUCCUGUACUUUGAGUGCGACUCGGACGGCUCGCUUGCCAUGGCCGAGGAGGAAAUCGCUCUCGACAGCACCAUCAACUGUCUGACCAUGCCCGAUGUGCCUGAGGGGAGCGUGCGCGCUUUCUUCAUGGCCGUCGGCUGCAGCGACCAGACCGUGAGGAUCUUCAAUCUGAGCCCCGACAUGGAGGGCAACAUCCUGCGAAGCAUCUCCGUCCAGGCACUGACAUCGCCACCGAGUGAUCUGACCAUCAACAUGAUGUCCGACAAGUCUCCGCGAGGCUACAGCCAGUACCUCCACAUCGGUCUGCGGAGUGGUGUCUACAUUCGAUCUGUGCUGGAGGAGAUGACUGGUGACAUUGGAGAUACCCGAAGGCGUUUCCUCGGCCCGGAGCCGAUCAAGUUUGCCAAAGUCACUGUCGCCGACGAGCCUGCCAUCAUCGCAAUGACGUCGCGGCCCUGGCUCGGCUACACCCACCCCCGGACUGGCGUUCUGCAGUUGACGCCUUUGAACUACAUCCCCUUCAAGUCCGCCUGGAACUUCGAGGGCACACAGUUCAAGGGCAUCAUCUGCGUGAGCGCCGCCGAACUUCGAAUCUUCACCUUCAACGACUUGACGGACAACACAACUUACGAGUCGAUCCCUCUGAAAUACACCCCGAGGAAGAUGGUUGGCCAGCACGACCAGGGCCUCUUCUACGUCAUCCAGAGCGAGAACAACACCCUCAACGAUGCGACGAGGCAGAAUCUCAUCGAGGCUGCCAAGGUCAAGAAGGAGAACGGUGUCAAGGUCGAGAACGGCGUGGAUGGCGAGAUGGAGGUCGAUGGCGAGGCAGCUGACGGAGAGCUCUCGGCGGUUGACUUCGGCUACUCACGAGUGCAGGGCCGUUGGGCAUCAUGCAUUCAGGUCGUGGACCCCGUGACCGAGAAGAACGUUGCGUUUACUGUGGACAUACCCGCAAACGUAUCGCUCGUCAGUCUGGCCUUGGUCUACUUCGACAGCCGCGGCGAGGACGCCUUCCUGGCCGUCGGCACUGCCAGGGACCUGACUUUCACACCCACCUACAAGUUCUCCGGCGCUUCGAUCCAGAUCUACAAGAUCUCCCCGACAGGCCGCGAGCUCGAGCUGUUCCACGAGACAGAAGUGAGCGAGCCCCCGCUGGCGCUCCUUGCUUUCAAGGGCAAGCUCAUUGCCGGUGUCGGGCGCCACCUGUGCCUGUACGACUGCGGCAUGCGGUCGCUUCUGCGGAAAGCGCAGGCCACCGACUGCGUGAGCAACCGCGUGACAGACGUCAAGACGCAGGGCAGCCGCCUCGUCGUCUCGGACGCGUCCGAGUCGGUCACCUACGUCGUGCACAAAGACCAGGUCCACCCCAACCGCCUGAUCCCCUUUGUCGACGACACCGUCGCGCGCCACACCACCGCCACCGAGAUGCUCGACUACGACACCACCGUCGGCGGCGACAAGUUCGGCAACAUCUGGGUCGUCCGCUGCCCGCCCAAAGUCUCCGAGUCCUCGGACGAGUCCCCCGACGGCUCCGACCUGCUCGUCGACAAGUCCUACCUCGGCGGCACCCCCAACCGCCUGGACCUCGUAACCCACUUCUUCGCCAACGACAUGCCCAUCGCGCUGCAGCGCACCGUCCUCCUCUCCGGCGGCAACCGCGUCAUCUUCUGGGCCGGCCUGCAGGGCACCCUCGGCGCACUCAUCCCCUUCGAGUCGCGCCGCCAGCACAAAAUGUUCCAGCAGCUCGAGCUGCAGCUGCGCGCCGACGACGCGCCGCUGUCCGGCCGCGACCACCUGGCGUUCCGCGGCUACUUUGCGCCCGUGAAAAGCACGAUUGAUGGAGAUUUGAUUGAAAGGUUCUUGGUGCUGAGCAGGGAUAAGAGAGAGGGUAUUGCGGCGCAGCUUACGGGUGCUGAGUGGACGCCCGGGAUGAUCGAUGAGGCGAUUUGGAAUAUGAGGGGGUUGUAUGUGUUUUAG